AUGGCUGCCUUCAUUAAUCGCCACAUCGAAAGCAUUGAAGCAAAUCCCCAAGUCCCCAGAAUCUAUUUCAUUUCAGUGGGUCCAGUUGAUACCACUGCCAAGGUUAUUACUGAAACUGUGCGCGGCCGACGUACUACAAAAGAUGAGGAGCCUUGUGCUAUCUUUCAUAUUUAUUUUGAUGCCGAGCCAGUGGACUUCAAGACAUGGCUUGACACUUUGGCAGGCUUCACCAACCCUAUUUAUAAGGACCUCCGAGACAAACCAGCUUUGAAACUAUUGAGCUUCUUCCAAGGAACGGCAGCGACUGAGGUUGGACCAUGGAUAGGAACAGUGAAGACACAAGCUCCCAGUAAGACCCUGCGUGAGCUGAAAGCAAUCGACGCUCCCCUGAUGGAAAACUGGAUGAAUCAGUGGAAAUUCUAG